CGUCGCAUUAGCAGCAUUAGUUUUGUCGUAGUUUAGUUUUGUUUCUCUCGGUUUCUCUUGUUAGUUUCGUGUUCGAGUCUAAGUAAUUAUCAUUUUGAAAUCCACGUUUACUGUGUUUCUUUAGUAUAUUCGAAAUUUAAAGAAGAACUUCCUGUUCCGACUAACCUUUAAACAUACAUUUGUUUAAGUCAUAUUUUCACCUAGACCCGUACAUUUUGAAAUGACCAGUACAGUGAACAUUAUCAAGAGUGAGGAGUUAAAUAAAUGUUUUACUAUGAGGCAAGCCACAAGUUAUUUUCAAGUUAAUCAACAAAAUUUGAACAAGAACUGGUUGGUGGAUACUUCUCUACAUCAGCAUCAUCAGUCUGCUCAAGUAAGGUUGUUGAUCCCGAGGCUCGAGUCCUAGAGGAGGAGGGGGAAGAUGGGGACGGAGCUCUCGUCACCCGGCCCGCUCCCGCACCCGACCAGCGCCGGCCAGCCCGGCCAGGAGCACGCCCACUGAACACCGCGCGAGGACGUCGCCGCCGCCGCCAUGAACCAAAUACCCAUUCUGAGUGACAUAGACUGGCGGGCCCUCAAGGAGACGGUAUGGAACCGCCUCCAGGAGCCGCGCGCCCAGCGCAAGCUGGUGCUGGUCAUCGUGUGCAUCGCCCUGCUGCUCGACAACAUGUUGUACAUGGUGAUCGUGCCCAUCAUCCCAGACUAUUUGCGUUACAUCGAGGAGGGCGAUCCCGAGCCUUUGCCGCCGAGCAACCUCACGACCCCAGUGCCGGGAUCGCCUUUGCACCGCGAUCACCACGGCCAGGACACGUCGACGGGCAUCCUCUUCGCGUCCAAGGCCAUCGUGCAGCUGAUGGUGAAUCCGUUUUCGGGGGCACUCAUCGAUCGCAUAGGCUACGACCUCCCCAUGAUGGUCGGGCUGGUGGUCAUGUUUCUCUCCACCGCCAUGUUCGCGUGCGGCCGCAGUUACGGCACUCUGUUCUUCGCGCGCAGCCUGCAGGGCGUGGGUUCUGCCUUCGCCGACACCUCUGGCAUGGCCAUGAUCGCCGACCGCUUCACCGAGGAGUCUGAGCGCUCCAAAGCGCUCGGAAUCGCGCUCGCCUUCAUCAGCUUCGGCUGUCUGGUGGCGCCUCCAUUUGGUGGAGCGCUCUACCAGUUUGCUGGAAAGGAGGUGCCCUUCCUGGUGCUGGCCUUUAUCUCGCUCAUGGAUGGCAUCAUGCUUCUUCUUGUCAUGAAGCCCGUCAAGGAGCAGUUGAGGGAAAGCAAGGAGGUGAGGGCGCCUACAAUCCCCAUCUGGAAGCUGAUGAUGGACCCGUACAUUGCCGUGUGCGCUGGCGCACUCAGCAUGGCUAACGUGGCCCUCGCCUUCCUAGAGCCCACCAUCUCGCUCUGGAUGGAAGAUAACAUCACAACGGACAACUGGAAAAUCGGCAUGAUCUGGCUGCCGGCCUUCUUCCCGCAUGUGCUGGGCGUCGUGCUAACGGUGAAGAUCGCCAAGCAGUACCCGCAACAGCAGUGGCUCAUGGUGGCCGUAGGGCUCACCAUGGAGGGGCUGUGUUGCUUUAUCAUACCCUUCUGCCGUUCCUACAAGGUGCUCAUGAUUCCCAUCUGUGGCAUCUGCUUCGGCAUUGCCCUCGUGGACACGGCGAUCUUGCCGACGCUCGGUUACCUGGUCGACGUGCGGUACGUGUCCGUGUACGGCAGUAUCUACGCCAUCGCUGACAUUUCCUACUCAGUGGCGUACGCCGUGGGGCCCGUAAUCGCCGGCAGCGUGGUUGAAGCUGUCGGCUUCACAGCACUAAACAUUUGCAUCGGCUUUUCCAACCUGCUAUAUGCCCCGGUGUUGAUAUAUCUUCGGAACAUCUACGACUUCAAACCUUUCCAGAGCGAAGCCAACAUAUUGAUGGGCGACCCACCAAACAAGGAGUACCAAACGUACACAAUGCACGACCAGAGGUUGGUGUCAGGCGACCUGAAGAAUCACCUCGAAUAUGGUCGGCUCCAGGACGAUAAUGACACGGCCGAGACAAGCCUCGACGCCAAGCAGCUUGAAGGGUCAAACGGCUAUGCUGGAGCAGAUCAGGGCUACUACCAGCAAGCAGCCUACCAACAGCAGCAGCCGCAAGGCUACCAGCAGCAGCCCCAGGGAUACCAACAACAAGGCUACCAACAGCCUGCGCCACAGGCAUACCAGAGGCCGGCAGCGGCUGCACCCGAGGCUCCUGCCACUAACCCAUUCCGCCAGGAAGCUCCUGGACCGGCUGCGAGCAGUGGCACCAACCCCUUCCGGCAAGGGUGGUAAACAUCACUGUUUUCCCAUUAUGAAACCUUUAUUAAAUGUUACAUAAAACAGUCGCAUGCCUUCAAUGUUAUUUAUUACAAAUGCUGUAUGUUACAUAUGAGUGUUCUGUUGAAGUUUCUCCCAACAUAUUAUGUUUUGGUGAAUAGUUGUAAGUUGUAAAUACUCAAACGCCGACACUGUUAAAAUUUUCACGAAAAAAAAUGUUAAGAAACGUUAUUGUUAAGAUAAGCUAUUGAUCCUGGUUGAUCAAACAUAUCUGUUAAAGCUUUUCUGAAAUACUGAUGUUGAAUGCGCAAAUAUUAGCUUAGAUCAAUUGUUGCUAUUUCUUAGUUAUAAUUACUUUGGAUAAAAUUCCAAUGUAUCAGUGUCAUAGAUCAAUGACUCAGUGAUAAUUUUAAAAGCCCAAUAUAUAAGAUCUAGUUUAAGAUUUUGAUUUUUUUAUUGUUUUGUUCUCUUGUUAUUGUGGUUGGCGCAAUCAGCGACACCAUGUCACCAAGAAAUCAUCAAACAUAUCUGGGACAAAUGUCCCGUUUACUUAUAAGUGUUACUAUUGUAAGAGAAAAUUAUUGUAACUAUAAUAGAUGUUAUAUUGGAUUGACAACGGAUGUGUGUGUGUGUGUGUGUGUGUGUGAGUGUGUGUGUGAAAAGUGGAAAAGUGGGUGGGGGUGUGGGCCGGCGUGUGUUUGUUUAAGAGAGACAGAGAAAUUGAGUGAGUGAUAGAGAAAGGGUCAUAGAGGCGGGAGAUCAAUGGAACGACAGCCUGCGUGAGUGCCUGAAAUACGUUUGUGAAUUUGAUAAUGCAUAGAUGUUAUGUAACAUGUGUGAAAUAACACUUAGAAAGUUGAGAUGAAACUUACUUUUUUAACUAUGGAUACUGUCUUAUUACGAUGUUUGAGCACAUCUUUGAAAAGACUGCCGCUGGUAGGAAUCAUAUCACCCUUUAUUGAAAAAGAUCAUAUUUUAGACACAAAUGCGAGUCAGUCUAAAGUUUCGUGCAGUUUUAAAAUAUCCCUACUUCCUCCUUUUGAAAUCCUAGGAUAGAACUUAGUUACUAAAGCCAACAAAUUGCCAUUGGCAAUAUUUCAAACUGAUGAAAGCCCUCUCCGCAAAUUAUUGCUCACCUAUCGGUUUAGUUUGUAUAUAGUUUCAAAUUUCAUACGGUACCGCUGCAAUAACCUUUAAACCGAAUGUGCCGCUCACAUAAAUCAUUGCGUUAGAUACGAACUACAGAUUCAAUGCAUACUCUUUGUGUCCUUAACUUUAGUGUGCAUAUAGAGUGAUGCAAGUUUUUUAAAAAGGUUUGACAAUGUGCAAUAAAACUCGAAAUUCUUUAUUUGCUGAGUACUAAACGUCACGUCGUCACAUGACAAAAUUUUUGUCACAACCAAAACCUUUGAGUUAGCCGAACUCGGGUACUAACCAGAUCUCUAGCAGUAGGGUAUAGCAGUUCAUAUCACUUGAGCGGGUUGCCAGUAAGGCGUGAAGGUGAAGGGAAGAUCCACGCACAAUUAUUUCCCGCCGUAUUGGUCUUUUCACAAACAUUCCAUCGAUUACUCAUACCAUCUAGUUGUAGAAGCAGUGCAGCUGCCUAUGAAACGGAACAGCAAUAAAAAAUAGUCUAUUUUGUCUUGUGAUGUUAUCAUUGACUGUAGAUUAAAUAAAUAUAAAAAAUGUAGGUAGCUAAAUUUAUUUAAUAAUUUACUUUUGACAUUUUAUACUUUGUUAAUGGGUGCCUUUUUAAAAGUCUCCCUGAGCUAUGCCAGAUCCCUACUGUCGCAAUUCUAUCGUACAUUGUGUAUGAACAGAUUCAAUGUGACAAAAACAUCACAUUAAGUCAUUCGUGUAAGAUGUCUCGCUUUAUCAUUUGAGUUAACCGUAGUUUUAGAUGUGGCGUUGAGUCAGAUGUGCAUGUAUUCCGGCAAUAAAUGAAUUUGCUACACGCUGAUCAAUGCCUAAGUUCAGAACGCGUAAGGCAAACUCUGUCACGAAGAAGCGUUAGUAAAAUAUUGACCGUUACAAUUGUGAAGGUAUUUUCCGACAACAGAUCAUCUGUUUGGAUUAAUAAAAUGACCGACUUGUGUGGUGUCGGCCUACCGCCCUUCGUCUAUUGCAUGUCUAGUGUCAAUACGAGCUUGUCUCAUUUUACAGUUAUCUCAGUAUUACACCAACAUUUCUCCUGAGUAAAAACCUAAAAAGUUGUAAAUAAAUGUGCUUUAAGCCAUGUAUUCAAGCAGCAAAUUAUUUUAUGUGAACUUUUAGUGUAGAUUCCUAUUUUGUUAUCAUGAUUGCCAGAGGAGGCAAAUACCCAUGACUGUAAUUAAAAGCAAUGCCGCUUUAAGAUUAAUUUGCAUAUCUUGUUAAAUUGCUCUGUUAAUAAUUGCAUGUUUAACUAUAUUGUGUAUCGAUUGUUUGUGCGUUUACUUGAGAUCAGUGCGUUACAAUAUUUGUUACUAUUUGUUCACUGUUGAGGCUGUCGUUUUUAGCGAUGAUUAUAUUUGUUGUGUUAAUAUCGUGAGGAAAAAACCCUCAGGGCAAAAACUAAAUGUUUCAAAGGUUUCGGUUUAUAAGACCUCUUUUCUUUUGAGAAAAUAAAAUAAAACUAUCUUCCUAUGCCCUGUCUAAUUAGCUUUGCCCAUAUUUUUAAAAACCUUGACGUUUUUAAUAAUUCAAGCUGCUAGAUAAAGGUGACCAUGUUAGUAGGUGACGUAAGAUGCAGUGCACUGCCAUAGAAUCUGUCAAAGAAAUCAUAGCCACCUAAAUACUGUUAUUUUCAGUUAGUCUCAGUUUGCAUUUACGAAGACGCACUCGGAGAAAUUGUGUUAUAUUGUAGCAACCAUGCUACACUGAUAACUGAAGUGUUCUGUUUAACACUUUGUGAAGUAUGGCAGAGUCUCCUACAUAAUGAACUGUAAGACGCGCUAGCUCUGCGAACAUAAGUGUAUCCAGUGAGAAAUGUUUUCCGACGACAUCGCUUCGACAUCGUCUUUCUCGUCCUUACGCCAUUAAAUUGUGCUUGAAAUUAACAGCCGAUGUCGUUUCGAUAUCGGUUCGACUUUUAACUGUCGAAAGGCCGUCGAUUUUAAGCACACUUUCAUGUCGUAAUGACGUGGAAAACAAUGUCAAAAUGGGGUCGUCGUAAAAAUUUCUCACUGGGGUAGUGCAGUAAAUCUCUGACAUUAAAUAUCGUAGAGCAGAAUGUGCCCCACGUGUUAAUCUAAGACCGUAGUCAAACAACGUUGAUGGUGAGGCACAUGUUGUUCUACAUUAGUGUCACACAGAGGAUUCUCGACGUUAGGUAUUGACAGACACAUGAUGCUCUAUGUAUGAUGGUGACCAAGGUCGUUCUUCCAUACUUUACCAAGUGUUAGACUGUACCAGGCUUUGGUUAUAAGUGUGGCCAGGUUUGAAGCGGCAACACUAAUAUAACAAUACGCUCAUUGUAAGAUAAAAUGUUGUUAAAAUUGUCGUUUGCAUGUAAAAACAGGUCAGUCUCCUGAAACCUUUUUUUAACAGUCUACCGCAUGUAACGUAAAAUAUAGAGUACGUUUGAUUGAUUAGAGCACACUUUUUCCUGAGGUAACCUGAAAAUGUACCAAACAGACUGCAAAAGCUCUUAUCUUCUUCCGGCUCUAUCAAGAAAAGCUUUUUAUCGCGAAACCUAUUUAUAUAUUUAUGUGUGUGUUUAGUGAAGAUCUAUGAGUACUAGGGCGCGCAUGUUCUGUGGCAUAUCAAUAUAACAAAGAGUCUUCACCCUAAUACUGUACAUUAAAAUGUAAAUAAAUUAAUAGUCGUUAAUGA